UUCCUCUCUUAUGCUCAGCGCUAACAUAGUGCUUUGAGUGAACAGGACUAAAGUGUCAGAUAUAAAAGAAGCGCACCUUGGGAGAACUGAAUUAAAUUGGGCUCUUACACUCUGUCAUCAAGGCUAUCCCAGUGGGCUGUGUAUAGUUCUUUCAAGAUGGUUUGUUAUUUGAUGAUGUCAUUCCUGCUGUUUGUAGCAUUUUCCUGCAGUUCUGUAUUAGCCCAGAGGCCUAACAUUCAACAGCCACCCCCAUCUUGCAGUUGUCAAAAGAGUUUCUCAAGCAAUGGCACUAAAGUGAGCUACACAUUUGAAUUCCCUGCAAGCGCUGGAGUCAGUGGGGAUGCACACACUGCCGCCUUGGUGUCCGAGCUUCAGCAGAAAGUUUGGGAUCAGAGUAGCCUGCUGGAAUCCCAGAGCGUGCUGAUUAUGCAACAGAAACAGACGUUCAGCCAGCGGUUGAACCAGCAAAAAGUGCAGAUUGAAAACCUUGUUGCAAAGGUUCAGCAAACAGAGUUGAAAAUGCAGCAGUUGGAGUCAGCUAAUCCCCAAGUGCCUGAUGACUGUGGAGAUUUAGUGGUGUCAGGAAACACACCCAUUUCUGACUCCCAGAUUACAGUUUCCUCUGUAUCUGGUAACAGUCCAGAGUAUGCCAGCACUCGUUCUAGAAUAUACUCUGUGAAAACUGAUACGCUCUAUGGUGGGUGGUGUGCCAAUAGCAAUGACUUGACUCAGUGGCUGCAGUAUGAUUUUGGGAGAUUUAGACGAGUGACUGCCAUACUGACAAAGGGGGUAGACACGAGACCCUUCUUUGUUUUGAAGUUCCAGCUAUAUUAUGGAAACAGUACCCUGUUAAUGAAACCAUACAGAAAUUCAAAAGGGGAAGUUGAGACCUUCCAAGGAAAUGUUGACUUGGACACAGUCAAAGAGAAUGUUCUGGCCCCUCCAAUAUAUACUCGGUAUCUGCGAAUCAACCCAACAUACUGGCAAGGUCACAUUUGUAUGAGGGCUGAUGUUCGUGGCUGCUAGAGCCUGGCUGCAUGAAUUGACAGGCUGCUACCUUCUCCAGUUGUUAAAUGCCAUUAUUAUGUUUAAAACUUUUUCAUGGAAUGAACUUUUUAAAAGCACAUUUCAAGUUAUAGAACAGAUGAUCAUUUGGUAAAUUAAAAAAAGAAAUUGUUGAAAUAAUUUGACAGCAUUGAAAUUAAUGUGAAAUUGUUGAACUGAAAAGUGUUGCUUGAGCUUUUUGUGAGAUCUGUAACACGAAAGUUUGAAUUGGCAAUUGACAGGUGAAUUUCAGGUAAAUGGAAUGAUAAAUAUGAUUAUCAAGUGAGAUAUUGAUAUUCUGAUGUGGACAUUUGCUUAAGGGGUCAAGUUAGGGAAAUUACAGAUAAGUUUAUCUUUGUCGGUAGAUAUCAGAUAUGAAUAGAAGCUGCAUAGAAUUUCAUUUUCCUGCGUCUUUGACAGUAGCAGCAAUUGGGCUCUCUUUAAGACUUCUUGUAAGAUGUAUUUAAUAUAUAUGAGAUGAUGGUCAAUGACUUUAUAGCUUGGAAUGGUUUGUUUGUCCAAUGUUUAUUAAUGGAUUUUGGUCAUAAAAUGAUCUUUAAUAAAAUGAACAUUCAAUCAUA